CUCUCGCAGAAAAGAAUUUCUUCCCAAUAUCUAGUCUGAAUCUACUGAUUGAGUUCAGACCUCAGCUGAAAGCGCGUCUUUCACCCAAGUCAGGUUCUUCUUCAGCAUCCAGUGCCUCCAUACAGCAACACGAUGAAUUCCAGCCACUGCAUACGGGUCUGCUGGUUUGCUUACAGAGCGCCAAGGACACGCAGGGGAAGAAAGAGGUGUGUGUCACCUAAUGGCUGCCACAUGUACGUUUACGUGUGUGCUUUAGAUGUCAUCCAGUUACAUUUUGCCUCACUUUCGCAACAAGGUGGUAACCGGCAGGCUCUGUUUCCUUAAGUGACCGAGUACGUUGCAGCUCGACCUCUUGGUACAGUUGUACAAGGAACGUGCCACCUGCACCGUUGGUUCUGAACGCCUACAGACAAAGCAGCGUCGUAACCACCAGCAACAUAACCGCGUCGAUGCCGGGAUUCGAGCUGACAGCCGGGGCUGAGAAGCAGCGGCGGGGCCGUUAGCGCCCGAGCCGGGCGGGUGCCUCGCUGCCUGAGGUGGUGGGGGGGGCCGAGGGCGGGCGGCUCGGAGCGGACACGCCCGUCGGGCGAGGCCGGGCGGCCGGCGGGUAGCCGGGCACAGGAGGCGGGAGCGCCCCGCCGGGAGAUGCGGCUGAGGAGCGGCCGGCUGCUGGCUGCGCUGUGCCUGGGCGCCGCCUUCCCACUGCUGUGGUACGCGGCGUGGCAGGGGAGCCGAGGAAAUGACCUAGACAUGUACCAACACCAGUUCCUGGAACUUCGUCAAAGACUACUGUAUGCUGAAAAAGAAAAUAAGAAAAGAUCACAUGAGCUGAGCAGCGCCCUCGAUGAAAUAAAACAUAUAGUUGCAAAAAGAAUUAACCUGACAACAAAUCAUACAGAUGGUAUGAAAGUAUUAAAUGACACCAGAAAACUCCCCAUGCAUCUUACAAACCUGUACUACUACCUACCUCACCUUCGAGAAUAUGAAGAUGCCAUUUUUCCAAAUGUUGUUAUUGGACAACAGAGAACUGGAGUCUCACUGGUGAUGGGUAUUCCUACUGUGAAAAGGGAAAAACAAAGUUACCUGAUGAGCACGCUUCGUUCCCUAUUGCAUGGACUUUCUGAAAAGCAAAAGAAUGACUGUGUAAUAAUCAUCUUUGUAGCAGAGGUGAAUGCAGAAUAUGUUAACGGUGUUGCAGAAAGUGUUAAAACCAGCUUCCCCAGAGAGGUGCAGUCUGGAGUCCUAGAGAUUAUUUCUCCUCCUGCUUCUUAUUAUCCAGAUCUUUCCAAUCUGAGGAAAUCAUUUGGGGAUUCAGAGGACAGAGUAAGGUGGAGAACGAAACAGAAUUUGGAUUAUAGCUUUUUAAUGCUGUAUGCUCAACCUAAGGGAACAUUUUAUUUACAGCUGGAAGAUGAUAUUAUAGCCAAACCUGAUUACAUUCAAAGCAUAGAAAACUUUGCUGCUGAACAGUCCCAAGACUGGAUGGUUCUUGAGUUCUCCCAGCUUGGAUUUAUUGGAAAAUUGUUUAAAUCAGAAGACUUGCCACUUAUAGUAGAAUUUUUUCUGAUGUUCUAUAAGGAUAAGCCCAUAGACUGGCUUCUUGACCACCUGUUCUGGGUCAAAGUGUGCAAUCCAGAAAAGAAUGCAGCACACUGUGAAAAGGAAAAGGCAAAGUUACGUAUCCGUGCUAAGCCAUCUCUCUUUCAGCAUAUGGGACUUCAUUCAUCGCUGUCUGGGAAGAUACAAAAUCUGAAAGAUAAAGAUUUUGACAAAAGUGUGCUACAUAAAGCACAUGAUAAUCCACCUGCAAAACUGACUACAAGUCUGAGGAUAUACCAGCAAUAUACCUUGGAAAACGUUUAUGAAGGAAAAGGCUAUUUUUGGGCUUCAGCUCCAAUGGCUGGGGACUAUAUCAGCUUCACCUUUUUGAAGCCACUAAAAGUAGAAAAAUACUUUUUUAGAAGUGGAAAUAUGGAUUACCCUGGUGAUAUACUAUAUGACACUACUGUGGAAGUGUUGCCAGCUGAUGAAGCUGUAAGGAAAGUACUGGUUGGCAACAGAAGUAAAUUUAACUACACUGCAACCAAAGAUGGAUAUUUAAAGAUAGGGGCUUUUGAGAAUGGAAUUGCAGAAGGCAGCAUCGAUCUGUCAAUAGGAGAAAUACUGGCUAUUCGUUUAUUAGUCAAUUCUGAUUCCCCUGUAUGGGCAAUACUGAGUGAGGUACUUAUCAAGAUGUCUGAAAACUGAGAACUGGAAAAAGUAUAUUUUUGACACGUUACUUGUUACAGACUUGAAGACUUAUCUAACAGCAACAAAAACCUGAGUGGAUAAAUAAAAAUCCAGACCCAAUACUGUGUAUUGGCAGUGUGGAGAUAAUUGUUAAGAACUUGUAAAAAUUGUUAAAUCUUUAUGUAACAAGAACUAAAAGCUAUGAAAAACCUGACUGUUAGAAAUUUCCAUAAAAUACUGCUGAUUAAGCUGUUCUAUAUAAAAAUUCUGUCUCAGUUGGCCAACGUGAUAUAUUACUGUAAGCAAUUGACAUUACAGGCAAUCUCAGGGACAAGACAGGACAGUAUAUUUCUAGUUCACUAGAGCUAAAUACAUGGACUUUGGGGGGAAUAUUAAGGACGUGGUUUGCAGCUGCAUUAAGAACGCUGGUCAGUUUUGAAGGUAAACUAGAACUGAAGGAAAAAUUGUCAGCAUUUCAUGCAAGUACUUACAACAGUCCACCAGAGAAAGGAUUAACUUACCAAUGUGAGAGGGGUCUCAAACUACCACGUCUUAGCCUUAAUGUAGCAAAAGGUAUGUUUAAUUUUUUUUUAAUGAAAAUUGCUUAUUAGCUACCAUUUGAAUACCUUGAAAAUCAAACAGGUAUUGUUCAGAGGAUUGUACAACUCUUCUGUGAAUUGUGCGUUGAAUUAACCUCAGGAAAUAAUUGGUACAACAUAUGUAACUAUAUUUUUGUAGGAAGAAUAUCUAUUUAAAUAAAAUUUUGUAUCCUGCCAUUUGAUAAUCAGUAUGUCCUGAUACUUCUGUGCUGGUCACGAGCCCAAACUCUCUACAAAUUUGAAAAUAAAUGGCAAACUCCAGUAGUCUCACUUGAGGUGUUUUUGGGAAAAGACACCUUGGAUGCCUAACUGUGCUGGGCAGACUUAAUUUAUCACUUUUUUAGCACCUGAAGCUCUGAAAAUAGUUUGGCAACUUACAAUAUUCUUUGAAGUACAUGUGGUAGUGUCAAAUACACGUAUGUGUAUAUAUUUCUUGGACCAAGUAUUGCAGCCUUCACUAGGUUAAAAAUUUAAUGCAGUAACUUGAAGUAUGUAAAGAUACAUGGGGGAACUUUAUUAGCCACUCAGAUGGGUUUGGUGAGACCAGUGGUCAAACUACAGCCAAAGAAAGAAGGGAAAUCACCCCCUGCGAUCACAGAACACGCUUCCUAUUGCUUUGAUGUAAAUGAGCCAUGUAAAUGUCAAAAAGUAAAUAAUGAAUGCUUACAUAUGCACUGUUUAGUAAAAUUUUGCUUAGUCCCCAUUCUUUCUUGUGCUUUAUGGAGCACAGAGAUUUCUUGCAGUGUCUGUGGAACCGUGCUCAAUUGUAUGAUGAAAGGAACCUCAGGAGAAGGACUCUGAAUUUUCAGUGAAGGACUGAAUCACAGAGUGACCAGUUGGAAGGGACCUCAAGUAUCAUGAAUCUCCAACCCCCACCACAGCCAGGGCCACC